UCACUUGCAAAAGAAACUUCUUUCUGUAUUUUCGUGUAAUUGCCUUUCCCUUUGCAAUCUGCAUUAAUACCCACGUAUCUGUGAGGAAUGGAUGCCACAACUGCCCACUUUCCAUACGCAUGGCACCGUUGCAAAAUUCUUCACUUGGGCCUUCGUCCAUGCGAUAUGAGGAGAAGGGUCAGCGAGUAUCAGUCACUCUUCCCUUCACUUGAUUAUUCAAUGAUGGAUGGUGAAGAAGACAAUCUGUGGAUACCGGACGUUAGGGAAUCAGAAGAAGAACUUGCAGAGAGAGGAAUGAAACUCAUGAAAUGGCUCUGGACACGGCCGGAGAAGGAGAUUGCAGUGGUGAGCCAUGGGAUCGUGUUGCAACACAUGCUUUAUGUUCUUGGAAAUGACUGUGAAAACACAGCCCUGUUCAAACGGUUUGACAAUUGUGAACUUCGCUCUGUGCAUGAUGGCAUCGGAUUAGCCGAAAACCAGCAGCAACCGAGGAAGAUGAAAGAACAGAAGGAAGUUCACAUCUGAUGAACUUGGUUUUAGAAUUUGUUUAUGAAUUGUUUUGUUUGUAAAAUAAAAGUACCAAAAUCAU